AGCGCACCCCAUACCAAGGAUUCGAAAAAUGGCCGCCACCCGUUACCGAAGGUUUCUGCGGCUCUGCGAAGAAUGGCCGAGAGAUGACACGAAGCAGGGUCGAGAUCUGGGUACAUUUUUGAGGCAACGAAUAGCUGUUGCGUUCCGCGAAGGAGAAAACACACAGAUUGCAGACCCAGAGAAGUGUGAUCAAAUGUAUGAGAGUUUAGCUCGUAUUAACUCCAAUUUUUACAAGAGCAAGUUUCCCAGGUUUCAAGAUACCAACUUCACUGGUGUCACAGCUGAGGAGUGCAGAAUGGUGCUAAACACAGACAACUUGCAACAAACAGAAGAUGCAAAAAAAGGAAUAUGGAAGAAGCUAAAAGAAAAAUUUUCCAAGCCUCCAGAAGAGGGCAGUAAAGACUGAUGUACUCUCCACUUCACAUGCAGUGUCAGUCCAGGAAGAACUCUGUCAUUAGCAUCAAUAAAAGUGAGAAAGGAAAACAAUAUAUCAUUUUCCAGCUUUAUAGGUUUAUUACAAUCAGGUGUAUGGAGUAACAUGAAAGAAACAUAACGCCACUCUGUGGCACCAUGAUUACUGAGUAGAAGUACUUUGCCUUCCUUACUUGAAAAAUCAGAGGAACAUUUUUCAUUGACAUGUAUAUUUUCAAAAUGUGAAUGCCCUAACCACUGGAGCUUGCAGUAAAACCAGGGAACAGCUACCAGUGUGUUUGAUAAUGAGAUGCAGUUUAAAAGUAGCCAACUUAUUUUGGACCAUGGAAAGGGGAAAAAGACACUCAAUUCAAUGUAAGCUGCCUUACAAGGAAGCAAGAUGACUGAAAAAUACCAGUGUAGUUCACCUUUGAGGUUUUCAACUACAAUGAAUUGUUUAGCCUCAACUAUAAUAUUUCCAGCUAAGAUGGACUGUGUUUAAAGGGUGUUCUCCAAGAGCUAAAUACUGUAUCUACAACUAUCUACCUGCAGUGAUAGGCAUUUUGCAGUGUGCUUGGUGACCUUAUUGUCCUUUUCAUGCUUAGUCACACAUUUGUUACAUCACACUGUGCCAAAAUUACCUGCCAAUUUUGAUGAAAGAAUAAUAAUGGAAAAUGAGUAAAGAAAAUAAAAUGCCAAAAUGAUCCAAAAAUAAAUGUAAUUUACUAUACUAAA